GUUUGCCGGCGAUAGCGUCUUUCAGUAUUUGCUCGUAAACGCGAGAAGGUUGUAUUUUGUUUUGGGCGCGGUUAUUCGAAAAAGUGUUUUGCAAGAUGAUUGCACUGCUGCUAAUCGCUGCAGUGACCUUGGUGUUCCUGUUUAUCAAGCAACGAUUCAACUACUGGAAAGUGCGAGGAGUGCCUUAUGUGCAACCAACGUUCCCUUUGGGAAACCUUGGGGGAGUCGGCAGGAAGAAACAUUUGUCCGAAGCACUGGAAGAUUUGUACAUCAAACUGAAAGGCAAGGCCUCGAUCGGUGGAAUCUACUUCUUCAUCAAUCCGGUGGUUCUCGUAACGGACUUGGAUCUGGCCAAAACUAUCCUAGUGAAGGAUUUCAAUUUCUUCCAUGAUCGGUCCAUCUAUUACAACGAAAAAGAUGAUCCACUGACGGCACAUUUGUUCACCAUGGAAGGUGUAAAGUGGAAGAAUAUGCGCAUUAAGCUAACGCCCACGUUCACGUCGGGCAAAAUGAAACUGAUGCUUCCGAUUAUUCGCGACUGUGCUAAUGAACUGGAGAAGUGCAUAGAGGAGGAAACCGCGAACGGCGAGGAGGUGGAAAUAAAAGACAUUCUCGCUCGAUACACGACAGAUGUGAUUGGAAACUGUGCGUUUGGAUUGGAAUGUAACAGUUUACGUAAUCCCAAUGCAGAAUUUCGAGAGAUGGGACGAAAAGUCUUCCAACUUGAAGGAUUUGGUUUUCUGAAAAUACUCCUGACACAACAAUUCAGGACUAUAUCGCGUGCAUUAGGUGCAACUAUUCUACAACCAGAUGUUGCAAAGUUCUUUUUAAAAACGGUUAAGGACAACGUCGAAUACAGAGAAAAGAACAAAGUUGAACGGAAUGAUUUCAUUGACCUGAUGGUUAAAUUGAAGAACGGCCAGGCCUUGGAGCACGAGAACAGUGAACAUCGCAUGCAAAAGCUUACGAUAGAACAGGUGGCCGCUCAAUCGUUCGUUUUCUUUUUCGCUGGGUUUGAAACUUCCUCGACGCUGAUGUCGUUUUGCUUGUACGAACUUUCCGAAAACCAAGAUUUGCAAGAAAAAGCUAGAAAAGACGUUAUGGACACUUUGAAGAAACAUGGAUCACUUUCCUACGAAGCGAUUCAUGAGAUGAAAUACUUGGAGAAUUGCAUUAAUGAAACUCUUCGUAAACAUCCGCCAGCAUCCAACAUAUUCCGCACCGCAACGCAGGAUUACAUCGUGCCUGGAACUUCCGUAACCAUAAAGAAAGGCACGUCGGUGAUGAUCCCAACCCUGGCCAUCCACAUGGACCCGGAAUAUUAUCCCGACCCAGAGCGGUUCGACCCAGACCGUUUUAACGCAGACCAGGUGGCAGCCCGGCAUCCGUUCGCAUUUCUUCCGUUCGGUGAAGGUCCUCGCGUCUGCAUAGGGAUGCGCUUUGGACUGAUGCAGGCUCGGGUGGGGUUGGCAACGUUGUUGAAAAAUUUCCGAUUCACCGUGGGUAAACGAUUGGAAACUCCCGUCAAGUUGGAACCGUCGAGUGCAAUCUUGCUCAUUAAGGGUGGGUUGUGGUUGAAGGUUGGAACGCGAGAAGGUCAUAAUUUGUUUUGGGCGCGGUUAUUCGAAAAAGUGUUUUGCAAGAUGAUUGCACUGCUGCUAAUCGCUGCAGUAACCUUGGUGUUCCUGUUUAUCAAGCAACGAUUCAACUACUGGAAAGUGCGAGGAGUGCCUUAUGUGCAACCAACGUUCCCUUUGGGAAACCUUGGGGGAGUCGGCAGGAAGAAACAUUUGUCGGAAGCACUAGAAGAUUUAUACAUCCAGCUGAAAGGCAAGGCUUCGAUCGGUGGAAUCUAUUUCUUCAUCAAUCCGGUAGUUCUCGUAACGGAGUUGGAUCUGGCUAAAACUAUCCUAGUGAAGGAUUUCAAUUUCUUCCAUGAUCGUUCCUUCUAUUACAACGAAAAAGAUGAUCCACUGACGGCACAUUUGUUCACCAUGGAAGGUGUAAAGUGGAAGAAUAUGCGCAUUAAGCUAACGCCCACGUUCACGUCGGGCAAAAUGAAACUGAUGCUUCCGAUUAUUCGCGACUGUGCUAAUGAACUGGAGAAGUGCAUAGAGAAGGAAACCGCGAAUGGCGAGGAGGUGGAAAUAAAAGACAUUCUCGCUCGUUACACGACAGACGUGAUUGGAAACUGUGCGUUCGGGUUGGAAUGCAACAGUUUACGUGAUCCCAAUGCAGAAUUUCGAGAGAUGGGGCGAAAAAUCUUCCAACUUGAAGGAUUUGGUUUCCUGAAACUACUUUUUACACAACAGUUCAGAACUAUAUCGCGUGCAUUAGGUGCAACUAUUCUACAACCAGAUGUAGCGAAGUUCUUUUUAAAAACGGUAAAGGACAACGUCGAAUACAGAGAAAAGAACAAAGUUGAACGAAAUGAUUUCAUUGACCUGAUGGUUAAAUUGAAGAACGGCCAGGCCUUGGAGCACGAGAACAGUGAACAUCGCAUGGAAAAGCUUACGAUAGAACAGGUGGCCGCUCAAUCAUUCGUUUUCUUUUUCGCUGGAUUUGAAACUUCCUCGACACUGAUGUCGUUUUGCUUGUACGAGCUUGCCGAAAAUCAAGAUUUGCAAGAAAAGGCUCGAAAAGAUGUUUUGGACACUUUGAAGAAACAUGGAUCACUUUCCUACGAAGCGAUUCAUGAGAUGAAAUACUUGGAGAAUUGCAUUAAUGAAACUCUUCGUAAACAUCCACCAGCAUCUAACAUAUUCCGAACAGCAACGCAGGAUUACAUUGUGCCCGGAACUUCCAUAACCAUAGAGAAAGGCACGUCGGUGAUGAUCCCAACCCUGGCCAUCCACAUGGACCCGGAAUACUACCCCGAUCCAGAGCGGUUCGACCCAGACAGAUUCAACGCAGACCAGGUGGCAGCCCGGCAUCCGUUUGCAUUUCUUCCAUUUGGCGAGGGUCCUCGUGUCUGCAUAGGGAUGCGCUUUGGACUGAUGCAGACUCGUGUAGGGUUGGCAACGUUGUUGAAAAACUUCCGGUUUACCGUGGGCAAACGAUUGGAAACUCCGGUCAAGUUGGAACCUUCCAGUGGAAUCCUGCUCAUCAAGGGUGGAUUGUGGAUGAAGGUUGACAAAAUUUGAGGCAAUGUUACUUACCCAGUAGUGUCACGAUAAAGUUAUAUCUGUUACGAUAAUGAAUUGUUAUUGAAUAUUUUAACGAACGUUUAACGAUUUUACAUUAUAUGCGAGUUUACACUACUUGAA